UCGGCUGGCCGGGCUCUAGGCUGAGCGCAGGAUGCACCCGGGGGCUGCAGCUCUCGGCCGCGGAGCGAGGCCCCGGGGCCGUGCCGGGAGCACCACGCCCUCCCCGGGGAACCUCACAGGCACCUGCGCUCGACUGCAGCCACCCCCACGAGGCACCCUCCAAGUCCUCCGUGGAAAUGGCACUGCUGUGGGGACCGUGCUCGUGUUCCACUGUCCCUCUGGCCACCAGAUGGUGGGGUCUGGCCUGCUCACCUGUGCCUGGAGGGGCAUCGUUGCCGAGUGGUCUUCAGGGGUCCCUGUGUGCAAGGCCGUGCCACCCCAUGAGACCUUCGGCUUCAAGGUGGCCGUGAUCGCCUCCAUCGUGAGCUGCGCCAUCAUCCUGCUCAUGUCCGUGGCCUUCCUCACCUGCUGCCUCCUCAAGUGUGUGAAGAGGAGUGAACAGCGGCGCUCCAGCAGGACAACCCAGAUGUGGUACCAGCUGAGAGGCGAGGACCUGGAGACGGUGCAGGCUGCAUACCUAGGCCUUAAGGGGAACUACAACAACAGCAGCAGUGGCGGUGGUGGCAAGCCUGAAGGCCGGCUCAGCCAGGCACAUGACAACCGCAGCUUCACUACAGACUUCAAUGAAAGCAUCCGAGAGCUGGCUGGUGUGACCCCUGGCCUGGACAAAGAUCCCUGGAUCCUCGAGCCUGGUGCCCUAAGUCCCAGUGGCCCUUCCAGCUCCCCACAUGCCCGCGUGGUUGUCCACACAGUGAAUCCAGGAAAGACCCUGCCUACCUCCAUGUUUACCGCAGGGAUGGCCACUCAACCCGCAGCAAAUCGACCAGGGUGACCCUGCCAUCCAGUCACCCAUGACUCCACAUGUAUCUGCCCUGGAACUGGCCCAUGGAAUCAGCCUCCAGCUGUAAGGAACCCAAGAGGCCCUUCAGGGAACGCUAUAUCUGGAAGGAGCCAGGCUGUAGGAAUUGCACAGUAAUGACUCACUUGAGCCAGCUGCUAAGGUUAAGUGCCACCGCAGCCUCCCUCCAGUCAGGGUUCCUCUAAAAAGACUGGGAGACUUCAGCAGCUAAAGUUUUGCACAGUAAAAUAAGAAAACAACAAUAAACUUCCUUUUAGCAACUUCA